AUGGCGUCAAAUGCUAUUGUUGAUUGCGGUGAUGACGGCCCCAUUUAUCAACCACGUGGUGUAGAACAUGUUUCUCCGAGUUCGGGCAAAAAGACAUACACUCCAAACUCACCACCCUCGAUGACUCCAGUCGUUGGCAUGGUUUUUGACACGGUAGAUGCUGCCUACAUUUUCUACAAAGCAUAUGCACAAGCGGGUGGCUGGACUGUAAGGAAGGGAACGGAGCAUACAAAUCAUGUUGUUACAGUAAAUAAGUAUUUUGUAUGCACAAAAGAGGGCCAUAAAGUUUUUAAACCUGUUGACACUUUAUCCGAUCAGCCUCCUAAUAAGUGGGUAUGUAGGGUACCAUCAAAAAGGACUGGUUGCCAAGCGGAGUUUCGAAUAAAGUUGAAUGAUGAUAAGAAGUAUGUGUUAUACUACUUUACAGAGGCGCACAACCACUCUUUCGUGCAUGAAGAAGAUCUCCACUUUCUCAGGGAAAAUAGAAGCCUCACCCGUUCGCAUGAGGAUAUGAUAAAGAAGAUGUCCAACUUGAACAUUGGCCCGGUUCGAGCAUUCAACAUCAUGAAGGAGUUGUGUGGUGGUUUUGAUAAUGUCGGGGCGACCAAAUAUGACUUCAAAAAUUUUAAAAAAGAACUAAAUGUGUUUAUUGGUGAGUUUGAUGCUGAGAUGCUUGUCAAGCGUCUAACUAGGAAAAAAGAGUUUUUACCUAAUUUUACGUGUGAAUACCAAACUACUGAGGAAGGUGUUUUGAAGUGUCUGUUCUGGGCUGAUGAGGACAUGAAAAGAAAUUUUUAUAUGUUCGGUGAUGUUGUGUCCUUUGAUGCCACGUACAAGCGAAACAAGUAUAACAUGAUGUUCGUCCCUUUUACUGGGAUUGACAAUCACAAUCGGAAUGUCACACUUGGUGCUUCUAUUAUUGGUUCUGAAACAGCUGAGACAUAUAGUUGGCUACUUAAUGUGUUUAAGGACGCAUUUGGAUAUGCACCAUGA